CUGGUUGAAGGAGUGGCCAGUGUGAUACGAGCAGCGCCAUUUCCACUUUUGGUGCCUCGAAGCCAAAUGGCGAGUGCCUUCGACCCCCACGCCUUUGCGGUUGCCAUGGAGCUGGCCAACCAGCUAUCGAGCGACGGUGCGUUUGUCGAUGAACUAGACAACGCCAAGAGCGACGACUUCGUUGACAUUUCCUGCGACGACGUGGAGAGGGAUCCCGUACUCGACAGCGACGGCGUUCAAGUAUUCCGAGAAUCGAUUCCAGAUAGUGUCUGCAUUGACACCCCGGUCUUGAAUGCGGCUGAGUACACAAAAGAAGCAACCAUAGUGCACGGCCUGAAGUCGAGCUCUAGCUGGUGGUCGCUGAUCGAGCACAUGGUGGAUGUGUCGGCCGACGAUUUGUUGGAGAUGAACUGGUGACCAAUCGCCCGUUAGGUGAUCUCGUAAAUGGACCAAAAUGCGCAACGGGCUAUACACGCACGGUCACAUCGGCUUACGAACUUCUACAAAAACAGUAUCAAAGAGUAUGUAGUAAGGGCGUACAUGUAAACUUUGCAACUAAAUAAAUUAUACAACAAUACUUUCAAG